AUAAUUAUUAUUUCUUUGAAAAUAGAAUAUCUUCGACGCCGUGUCUCAUGCAACGCUGCCCUUAUUACCACCUUAAAUCUUUUUCACAAUUUCUAUUUUUUUUUUUUUUGCGAAAAAGAGAGGAGGGAAAAAAAAAAGAAGCAAUACCAAACGGAAAACCACCUUAACAAGCCAAAACCGAUCUCUCUCUCACAAGAAGGGCAAAGGAGGAGCUAGAAAGAGGCGGUGCUGUUGGUGGUGGAGGGGUAUUGAUCGCGGAAGUACGAGUGGAGGGUGGAGAUGGGGGCGGAGGUGAUAAAGAGGUGGGACACGUGGGAGGAGUUGUUGUUGGGUGGGGCUGUUCUCCGCCACGGGACCCAGGACUGGGACGUUGUGGCCGCCGAGCUCCGUUCCCGAACCGUUUGCCCGUACACUUUCACACCGGAGGUGUGUAAAGCCAAGUAUGAAGGCUUGCAACGGCGCUUUUCUGGGCGCAAAUCCUGGUUUGAGGAGCUACGAAAGCAACGAAUGGCAGAGUUGAGAGAAGCUUUGGAACAAUCUGAUGACUCAAUUGGGUCAUUGGAAACAAAGCUUAAAUCCCUGGAGGCUGAAAAGGGAUACAAUCAUAAAGUCGAUUAUGAUUCUAGCCAGACAAUAUCACUGGUACUGUUUCAGAAAUCUGAUGGAGUUGAAUCUACGAGUAGAGAAGCUUCUAGGGAUGAGCUAUCUGUUGGUAGUUUCACUCAAGAUACGCGGACAAAUCUGUCACAUAAAUGUCAGAUUCCAGCAGUGGUGUCACCCGAAGAUUCAGAGACUAAUCUUGAAAGUUCUCAGUUUUCCAAGCAAGGGAAAGUUUCAAGCAUCGGAAAAUUAGCAGAGAAUGUAGGUAGUGUACAGGUAGGAGGGACUGUAAGAAAGAAAAGAGGGAGGAGAAAGAGGAAAGAUUGCAGUAAGGAAGUCAAGGAAGGGAGUGUUGGAGAAAAUGAACAUUUAGUAUCGGCUGAUGUUGCUACUGAGUCCAGGUGUAAACAAAAUUCAACUGGUCACUUUGGCCUGAAUACAGGAUCAUCUAGUGCUCAAAAUGCUGGAUCAUCCAGCAUCGAUCAAAAACUAGGUUCGGGCAAGGAUAGUUUCCAUGAUCUUGUUGGGCUCUUUAAUUCUAUUGCAGAAAGUAAAGGUGCUUCCACUUUUCAUCAUAGGCUUGAUGGGCAGAAGAGACGAAGAUACAAGAUAAUGAUUCGACGUCACAUGGAUCUGGACACCAUAAAAUCAAGAAUUGCCAGUCAGUCAAUCUUCUCACGUAAGGAACUCUUCAGAGAUCUGCUGCUUGUAGCCAACAAUGCCUUGGUCUUUUACUCCAAGAACACGCGUGGUUACAAAUCUGCGUUGCUCCUCAGAGAACUUGUACGCAAAACUAUGCAACAGCAACUUGGGAACUACUGCUGCAAGGCUGCUGCUAUUGUCCCACUCUCAUUUGGACCUUCCAUGCUUAAUGCUCCGGUGAAACCCCGAAGUUCUCGCCCCGCUAAGCGUACUAGUAAGAUGCCAGGAAAGUUUUCCAAUGCCAAUAACGUUGUUACUAAAGCUUCAAAUGCUGGUAAAAAACUGACUUUAGCUAGUUCCCUUCAACCGGAAAACAGUGACAACUAUCAAAGUGCAUUGCCGGCCUCGAAAAGACGUAAAAGUGCCAGCCAACAACCACUUGAUAGUCCAAACCCAACAGCAAAAUGGAGAAAGAAGUAACUGAUACUAGAUAAGUUGUAUAUUCUCACCCUGUUUUCCUUUGUAAAUCUCAAACCUCAGUUUCCGGUCAGACUCCUCACUUUCUCAAUUAGGAUGUUUUGCGGUACAAGAUUAUCAUCGCAAUUAGAGUUUGAAAAUUUUCUCUCCUUUCCAUCCCUCUCUCUCUCCCCUGUAAGUCUUUGUAGUGAUGUUUUCCAAACUCUUCUCAUUAGCAAUGUAUUUUAAGGCUGACUGAAUUAUGAGCAAGUAAAAAAAACUGAAUAACAGCUCAAUUUCUUGAGGAAAAUUAGCAGUUUUAGUGGCUGAUUCAAU